AUGUCUCGACAGAAACCUCUCCAACUCCAACUCCACCUCCUCCUCUUCCCAUCCCUCAUCCUCCUCUCCGUCGGAGCCAAUGGCGUCACUCCUGUGAAUUCGACCUCGUCGGACUUAUGCCCUUCGUACGACUGUGGCGACGGCGUUGUUAUCAGCUAUCCUUUCUGGUACAACAACACAAGCACAAGUCCUUAUUGUGGUUACCCGAGUUUCGGCCUCUCUUGCUCACCUGAUAACGAAACAAUCCUCCGUCUUUCUAGUGACACCUACUACGUCAAGCACAUCAAUUAUAGCACAAAAACCGUCACCCUCGUUGAUGCAGAUGUAAUGGGCAAUUCAUGCCCAAGGGUACGCCACAACAUCUCCCUCACCAGCCUAGUGCCUCAAUUGCGCUAUCCUAACUACACCACUUCAAACCUCACAUUCUUCUUUUGUUGUUCCCGAUUCCCCCAAGCAUAUCUAAAUAAUUACGCUUCGCUAUCCUGCCUUAUAUCCGGCCAGAAUCAGUCCUAUGUUUUCUCGUCGGAUGCGAUUCCAGAAACUAUUGACUGGUAUCGGUAUUGCAAGGACAAAGUGGUGACGUCGGUUAUGCGAUCGGCGGUUCUGGAUGCUUUACUUAGUAAUACUAGCGGGUUUAGUAGGGCCCUGCAAGGCGGGUUUGAAUUGGAUUGGGGAAGCCUGGUCGAUUGCCGUGCUUGCGAAAACUCCGGUGGUCGUUGUGCCUACAACACCAAUUCAACAAAGCUACUCUGCAUUUGCAAGGAUAAAACGGGAAUCUGGAAGCGUUGUUCCGAUUUCAACAUUUUUCUUGAAAAUUAA